AGAGAAAUUGUACAAAAGCGCGCGCCUCUUGACGAAGCGGCUGGGGAACGAAGCACACACGCAAAUAUUUUUAUUUUUCUCAAUGAGACAUGCCGAUCAAAAUCGUAUCUCGCAGUCAACGCAAUUAUUGGGCUUGAAGUGCGUGGAUUGACGUUAUCAUGGCUCAAAGAGAUGUACAAAUGGAAAACCUCUUGAAUUCGAUACUGCAGAAGUUCUCCGAAUGCAGUGACGGAAGUGGAAACUUGCGCGAAGACCGGGAGCAAGAAAUGAGUCUGUUUUUACGUGACCGCCUGGAACGCGUCACGCCUGAAAGAAUGAACGAACUGCUCAAAAAAUUGGUGAACAUAGGAUCGACCAAGAUCAUCGAGUGCAUCGCGAACAUCGACAUCACAAUUCGCCUUCUCGUUACAUAUAACAUAAGAACUGCGCUGCACGACUCGUUGAAAGCCAAAGUCCAACCACCGAUCGAUGCUCUGUCGAAAAUCUACGGCCACGUGAAUUACUCGGCCUUGGACGAAGAGGGCUGCACGAUCAGUCAUCUGCACGUGGCCGUGAAGGAAAAAUGCGCCGCUGCGGUGGCCAAUCUAUUGAAGUGGGAGACGAGUGAGAUUGCCUUCGAGGAAUUCAAGAAGAAUUUCAGCUAUUUGAUCAAGUACGACGGCCGUGAGACUCUGGAAGUUUUGCUGCAAACGGGCUUCAAAUCGGACGAGUACGUCAACGAAAAACGAAGGACGCCGCUGAGUCAUCUUUGCCGCCGCAUCUCCGAGCACCGAUACUACUACGGCACGACGCCUGAACCCGGUGACGACGUGGCAGCGAUUCGGCUGCUCGUCCAGUACGGCGCCAACGUCAAUAGUACGGACGCCAACGGUCGAACGCCCCUGAUGGUGCUGUUUAACUCGGGCAUCACCGAGGUCGACAAGCAGCUAGAUAUCGCGCGACUUCUGCUGGACAACGGGGCCGAAGUCAAUCGAUGCGAUGAAAACGGCGAGACGAUACUGCACGUGGUGCUGCGCGUCUGGCACCUCGAGGAGUACCACGGCCCGAGCCACGAUCCGCGCCGCAGGAACGAGCCGUGCCUCAGGGUGCUCAAGCUGCUGCUCGAGCGUGGCGCCGUUAUCAACGCGCGAAACCACGACGGCCAGACACCCCUGCUAAUCGCCGUGGUCUACUGCAAUCUGGACGCGGUCGAGCUGCUGCUGGGGCACGGUGCCAACCUCGGGGGUGUCAACUUCUCCGGCGGCUACAUGGAGCCGUCCAACGGCUUCCUGCGCAAUCUCGAGAUGACCCAGAACGCGAUCGCGAUCCUGAAGCUGCUCGAGAGCAGAGGCUUCACGAUUCGAAUAUCGAGCACGAUGACGUGGCUCCACUUUUUGAUGGGAUUCCUGCCCAGCCAGAAAUACUACGAAGCAAGAUACGUGCUGGCCUACGUCGAAGAUCCCGAGAGGAUCCGCAAAUAUUUCGAUUAUAUUCCCAAUAUAAUAGAAGACAACGAGGAGCUCGACGAGGAGUAUACCCGGAGAAGCGAGAAAGUGCGACACGCAAUGAUCGCCAUCAUAGAGAUCGACAAUUAUCUCAACGUUUUUAAUGAACUCAGGCUACCCGUAAGCGCCAAAAUGAUCAGCGUUCUCGAGCACACCGGGCGCGAAUUGAUAAACAAGUAUAAUUUGAGUUACAUCGACGCGACGACCGAUGACGAGUUUCGCUCGUACGUGAUCGAGCAGAGGAGCAUCGACGAAGAGCUGAGGAGAGCCGAGGUGACGCAGAUCAGCGAAACAGCGACGCUUCUCGACGUUUGUCGGCACAGUUCCGAGGCAGCUUACGAGAAGUUGAAAAUUUCCAACUAUGAGUCCGUGCUCGAAGAUUACGAUAACUUUAAGACGAAUUUUCCUUACAUUGGAAUUUAUUUGAAAGGAUGUAUCACCAAGGCGCUGGUCAAGGGACAGUUUAAAGAAAAAACUCGAAAAAUGAGUAUGAAGAAUCCUGCAUAAAUAGUUAAGGCGACAGAGAUCGAAAAUUAUAAAGUUCCAUAACUACUUUUACAGUUUGUAUAAAGUUUUAUUCGGGUUUACGGCAUUCUGUGCUGUGAUAAUUGUGAUAAUUUCUGUAGAGCGUUUUGAAAAUAUAUAUUUUUUAAAUGA